GGGCGUUGCUGGUGUUUGAGGAGAGAAAUAGAGUCCAGUGUCCAUGGAGGUGAACCACCCAGCACCUCUCAGGCUCUUGGAACUUGCAGCCCACAGCCUGCUGAGCAAUGAGGCUUCAGUUCUACUGGUGUUGGAACAGCUCACAGUGAACCUUUUCCCGCCACUACUCACUGCUGCAUUUGCGAAGGGGCACAGAAAGGCUCUGAAGGCCUUGGUGCAGGCCUGGCCCUUCCCCUUUCUCCGUCUGGGCUCUCUGAUAGUGCAGUGGCCCAACCAAGACAGCCUGCAAGCUGUGGUGGAUGGGCUGGAGGCCUUUUCUGCCCACACGGCUUGUCCCAGGAAGUCAGAACUGAGGAUGCUGGAUUUCACCCUGGACUCUGAGCAAGUCCACAGUAAAGGGGCUUCUGAAGCCUUGGCCAAGUUCCCAUUUUGGUUACCAUCAACAGUCAAGGCAGAGAUGCCCCAGGCCACGGCCAGGCCCAAGCCAACAGAGAAUAUGAAAAAAGGACCAAAGCAGCCAUGGGAAGCAGAAGCUGCACAUUGA